AUGGAAGAGUCCGAGUCAAUUUCUGAUUAUUUUUCUCGAGUAUUAGCCGUAGUCAUUCAACUUCAAAGAAAUGAUGAAGAUGUUGAUGAGGUAAAAGUCAUGGAGAAAAUACUUCGCACUUUAAAUCCAAGUUUUGACUUCAUUGUUACCAACAUUGAAGAAAACAAGGAUUUAAAGACCAUGACUAUUGAGCAACUCACGGGUUCCUUACAAGCAUACGAAGAAAAACAAAAGAGAAAAAUUAAACAAAUGGAGGCUAUGGAGCAACUACUACAACUCAACAUAAAGGAAGCAAAUUAUGAGAAUUACAAGAGCCAAAGAGGACGAGGUCGUGGUCAAGAUCGUGGGCAUGGACGAGGACAUGGAGGAGAAGGAAGAGGUAGUUACAACAACUACUCUAACAAUGGAGAAAGAAGUUGGAAUCCACAAGCAACAAGAGGUCGUGGAAGAGGAAAUUCAUGGUCGAGGUGUGACAAAUCCCAAAUCAAGUGCUUCAACUGCAACAAGAUCAGUCACUAUGCAUCUGAGUGUAGAUUCUCGAAGAAAGUUGUGGAGAAAGCUAACUUCGUAGAAGAAAAAGGCAGAGAAGAAGAAACUUUGUUGCUCGCGUGCCAAAACCAAGUUGAAGAGAAAAGAAACAAAUGGUACCUCGACACCGGCGCAAGCAAUCACAUGUGUGGCGAUCGAAGCAUGUUCAUAGAGAUCAAUGAAGCGGAAAUUGACAAUGUCUCAUCUGGAGAUGACUCAAAGAUACCGGUCAAAGGCAAAGGUAAAAUUCUUAUACGCUUAAAGAGUGGGAGUCAUCAAUUCAUAUCAAUGUCUAUUAUGUUCCUAACAUGA